AUGGCUGCUGCCAACUUACUGAGUCUCCGUAAUUUCACUCUGAUUCCUGCUUGGCUGGAGCUUGCAUCGAAGUCCAAGGAAGGGUUUGACGAAUGGCUCGCUGAUCGUGGAUUCCAGUGGAAGGAGCGACCUGUUUUAUUAUUAUUAUUAUUAUUAUUAUUAUUAUUAUUAUUAUUAUUAUUAUUAUUAUUAUUAUUAUUAUUAUUAUUAUUAUUAUUAUUAUUAUUAUUAUUAUUAUUAUUAUUAUUAUUAUUAUUAUUACAAUUAUUACAAUUAUUACAAUUAUUACAAUUAUUACAAUUAUUACAAUUAUUACAAUUAUUACAAUUAUUACAAUUAUUACAAUUAUUACAAUUAUUACAAUUAUUACAAUUAUUACAAUUAUUACAAUUAUUACAAUUAUUACAAUUAUUACAAUUAUUACAAUUAUUACAAUUAUUACAAUUAUUACAAUUAUUACAAUUAUUACAAUUAUUACAAUUAUUACAAUUAUUACAAUUAUUACAAUUAUUACAAUUAUUACAAUUAUUACAAUUAUUACAAUUAUUACAAUUAUUACAAUUAUUACAAUUAUUACAAUUAUUACAAUUAUUACAAUUAUUACAAUUAUUACAAUUAUUACAAUUAUUACAAUUAUUACAAUUAUUACAAUUAUUACAAUUAUUACAAUUAUUACAAUUAUUACAAUUAUUACAAUUAUUACAAUUAUUACAAUUAUUACAAUUAUUACAAUUAUUACAAUUAUUACAAUUAUUACAAUUAUUACAAUUAUUACAAUUAUUACAAUUAUUACAAUUAUUACAAUUAUUACAAUUAUUACAAUUAUUACAAUUAUUACAAUUAUUACAAUUAUUACAAUUAUUACAAUUAUUACAAUUAUUACAAUUAUUACAAUUAUUACAAUUAUUACAAUUAUUACAAUUAUUACAAUUAUUACAAUUAUUACAAUUAUUACAAUUAUUACAAUUAUAA